AUGCAUCGCGAGGAGCUCAUGGCCCACUGGAAGGCCAUCCUGGACAAGCUCUCCAUACCCCACAGCAAGGAGCUUGACCUGCCCAGAUACUGGAUCCCGGCCACGGCACGGUGCCGGUGGCACGCUGACCUGGAAUUGCCAAAGGCCACGUUUUGGAAUGUGAGCAUAUUUUACAUGAGUGUCAGACCGAGCACUGUCAUCGUUCCAGUCAGACGUUCCCAGCAUGAUAAGUAG